GAGGGAGGGAGCAGCUAAAUACUGGCCCCCUCUGCCGAGCCUGCCAGAGCUACCUUGGCUGUGUGUGUGAGUGGGAGAGUGCACAAGUGUGUGAGCGUGAGUGUAUUCUAGUGUGUGUGUGUGUGUGUGUGUGUGUGUGUGUGUGUGUGUAUGUGCAUGUAGGUGUUCAUGUGUACGCACUAGUGUGUGUAUGUGUGAACGAGUGUGUGUGUGUGUGUGUGUGUGUGAGGGCACUUGUGUACGAGUGUGUGUGCGCGUGUGUCUAUGUGUGUGCACGUGUGCCCCUGGCGUGUGUCACACCUUGUGCACUCCGCCCAGCUCAGAGUGAACCAGCAGGGCAGCACACCUCGGGCAGGCUGAGCGACCGCGCGGGAGGGUCACGUGCCUCAGAGCGGCGGCACUCCAGAAACCACAGCGCUCCCCCGGACCCCCAGCGCCGGCGGGAGACCACGAGGAGUCGGCGCGCGGCAAGGCCGGCAGUGAGAACGAGCCCCCCGCUCCCUGUGGCUCGGGACACGAGCGGGUGCGAUGCGGAGCCUCCUGACUGCAGCCCUGCUGCUGCUGGUGGUGGGGACCACCUCGGCGAGCAGCGCGGAGGAGUACGAGUACUACGGCUGGCAGUCGGAACACCUCCCAGCUGGACGGCUCUACACCAAACAGCCGCAGUGCGUGGACAUCCCCGCUGACCUCCGCCUCUGUCACAACAUCGGCUACCACAAGAUGAGGGUGCCUAACCUCCUGGAGCAUGACACCCUCCCCGAGAUCAAGCAUCAGGCCAGCAGCUGGGUGCCCCUCCUGGCCAAGCAGUGUCACCCCGACACCCAGAUCUUCCUCUGCUCCCUCUUCGCCCCCAUCUGCCUGGACCGGCCCAUCUACCCCUGCCGCUCCCUCUGCCAGGCUGUCCGGGAUGGCUGCUCGCCCGUCAUGGGCUCCUUCGGCUUCCCCUGGCCCGACAUGCUGAGGUGCGACCGCUUCCCUCUCGACAACGACCUCUGCGUCUCGAUGCAGUCUCCGGCCAACCCCGCCACUCUGCCACCAGUCUCAAAGGUCUGCCCGCCGUGUGACAACGAGAUGAAGGUGGACAUCAUUCUCGAGCACUACUGCGCCAGCGAGUUUGCACUCAGAAUGAAAAUCAAGGAGGUAAAGAGGGAGAAGGGAGAUCGCAAAAUCAUCUCUCAGAGGAGGAAGAAGGUGCUGAAGAUGGGACCUUUGAGGAAGAAGGACCUGAAGAAGUUAGUUCUGUAUAUAAAGAAUGGAGCGAGCUGUCCCUGUAACCAGCUGGACAACCCCAACAGCAGCUUCCUUAUCAUGGGACGUAAGUGGGACAACCAGUUUCUCCUCACCGUCAUCCACAGAUGGGACAAGAAGAACAAGGAUCUGAAGCACGCCCUGAAGAUGAUGAAAACCUACCAGUGUCCGACAUAUCAUCACAUCUUCCAAUGACUCCUCUUGUGGAACCCAGUCACUUGGGACGAACUCUUAUGCAAAAUCACAAAAAUUGCUUUUAUAGCGCCUUUAAGAAAAAAAAUACACUUGAUUCUGCAAGCCUUACCAAAUGAUCUUGUCCGUAUAUAGUAAUUCCUUUAUAGUCUUUCUUGUGCCAAUAACCAGAAAGAAAGUGAAAGUCUGCUCCAAGUGGACACAAACAAUGAAUGGACGAUUUAAGUUCCAGAUCUAAGGGGUUAAAAAAAAGUCUAAUUUUCUCUCUUUCUCUAUAGAUAUCUCUCUUCCCUCUCCAAAGAUAAUAUGGCCUUGAUAGCUUGGCAGCAGGAAUAUCCUUUGACGUAACAUGUUGGACUAAAUCAGCGUCUUGGAAUGUAUGACAUGAUUCAGAUCAAGUACUCCUGAGGAGAGCAGGGUCCGUGGAUCUGCUACAGCAUAAACUUGCUAUAGUCAAGAGUUGACUCUCCGGGGUGGGGUUGGAGGUGGAGGGGGGGUCACAGACUCCUUGGGUGAGGGCUGACAUGGGCUGAAGGUACACAGCCCAUGCUUUGAUUGUGAAUGACAAUUGACAGAAAUGCAUUGCUGUUGGGUACAGAAGGAGAUGGGACACCCAAUAUGAUCUUGAGGGUAUAGUUAUUUUGUCAUAUAGUGUCAUGCCACAUAACAAGAAUUGUUGAUUAUGCAUUAUUUGGGAAUGGGGAUAAUCACCCUGGUCAUCUACUGUGGAUUAAGUGUUUGUACGUAUUAGAACCACUAAUGUGAAAAGAUGUGACUCUGCUCCUGAGGCACGAUGACUAGGGAGUCUAUACUUAUAUGUCAUAUUGUAUUUUAAAGCUACCUAUCAACAGUGAUUAUUUUGUUCUUUUUAUCUAAAUAUUAUUUUGGUUUGCCAUUUUUUUUAUUUUUUAAAUGCCUAUCAAUAUUGCCACAGUCGAGAACCUACUCACAUUAAAUAAAAGGAAGAUAACAGAAUUAG